CCUUACUCCCUCCCUCCUUCCCUUGCAACCACUGUGUCCGCUACCGGCUCCUGAAGGAGACUCGGGACACGGUCCCUUCCGGCUCCGUCCGCCACUGGACAAUAGUGUCCCCGCCGCCGCCGCUCACGUUCGGGCCGCCGCUCCAUGCGGAAAAUGCUCGCCGUCGUUUCCCGCGUGCUGACGGGCGCCUCCCAGAAACCGGGAGCUGCUAGUGAGGCUGGAAGAGUGCUAGUAGCAGCCCGUAACUUUGCAAAUGAUGCUUCAUUUGAAAUUAAGAAAUGUGAUGUUCAUCGGCUUGAGGACAGCCCUCCCACCACUGCAGUUCUCACUAGAGAAGAAGGACUCAAGUACUAUAAGAUCAUGCAGACUGUCCGCCGGAUGGAAUUGAAAGCAGACCAGCUGUAUAAGCAAAAGAUCAUCCGUGGUUUCUGCCAUUUGUAUGAUGGCCAGGAAGCUUGUUGUAUGGGGCUUGAAGCUGGUAUAAAUCCUUCAGAUCAUGUUAUUACAGCCUAUCGAGCUCAUGGCUUUACCUAUACUCGUGGACUUCCCGUUCGGGAAAUUCUGGCAGAGCUUACAGGACGAAAAGGGGGAUGUGCUAAAGGAAAGGGAGGAUCUAUGCACAUGUAUGCCAAGAACUUCUAUGGUGGCAACGGCAUUGUUGGAGCUCAGGUACCUCUUGGGGCUGGUAUUGCCCUAGCCUGUAAGUACAAUGAAAAAGAUGAGAUCUGUUUGACUUUGUAUGGAGAUGGUGCUGCUAAUCAGGGUCAGAUAUUUGAAGCUUACAAUAUGGCAGCUUUGUGGAAAUUGCCUUGUAUUUUCAUUUGUGAGAAUAAUCGAUAUGGAAUGGGAACUUCUGUAGAGAGAGCAGCAGCCAGCACUGACUAUUACAAAAGAGGAGACUUUAUUCCAGGAAUAAGGGUAGAUGGUAUGGAUGUUCUGUGUGUGCGUGAAGCAACAAAAUUUGCAGCGGCCUACUGUAGAUCAGGAAAGGGCCCUAUGCUGAUGGAACUACAGACAUAUCGUUAUCAUGGACACAGCAUGAGUGAUCCUGGUGUCAGUUAUCGUACUCGGGAAGAAAUUCAGGAAGUGAGGAGUAAGAGUGACCCUAUCAUGCUUCUCAAGGAUAGAAUGGUGAACAACAACCUUGCCAGUAUUGAAGAAUUAAAGGAAAUUGAUGUUGAAGUAAGGAAAGAGAUUGAGGAUGCUGCCCAGUUUGCUACAGCUGAUCCAGAGCCACCAUUGGAAGAAUUAGGCUAUCAUAUCUACUGCAGAGAACCACCUUUUGAAGUUCGAGGUGCAAAUCAGUGGAUCAAGUACAAAUCUGUCAGCUAAAAGGAAUGUAUGCUGCCUUUUUAAAAGAUGAAGAUUGGAAAAAAAGGAAAAAGCAACUUAGGUAUAAAAAAUUUGUUUUCUCACACACCCACAAAACCCUUAAAUAGGCCUAUUUGCAUUUCUUUUGUUGCUUAAUUAGCAUUUUGUUGAUUAGAGGGAAACCCUAACUUUCUUGGGUCCCCAAAAAAGCUGAUAAAACACUCAGAGGGAGAAAAAAAUGUUUUUGUUUCAGCCUGAUCAGCUAGUGAUAUCACUGAAGGGCAAGCACUGUCAAGUGCUUGCUGCACAAUAAUAAUGAAAUAGUGUACAAUAAUAGGGACAGUAAUAAUGUCACAGUGAAGGGCAGCUAGGUGGCCCAGUGGUUCAGCACCGGCCCUGGAUUCAGGAGGACCUGAGUUCAAAUUCGGCCUUAUACACUUGACAAAUUUUUUUUAGAAAAAUUGUAUCUACAUUUAUUUUAUUUUUUUGAAAGACAGAGUGUUAAAUUGCCAUUCCCAGCCAAAUCAUUCUUUUAAAAAUAUAAGUGGGGGAAAAAAAUAAAAUAAUUUACUUUCCUUUUACAUAUAAACACAAAGGCAAUUUUUCUCUCAAAUUAUAUAUUUACAUUUUAAUUUCAGGUUUCUAAGUACAAUAGGAUUUUUUUGCUAAUUUAAAUUUGCUAAUUGUUAAUUUUACACUAAUAGCCCAGCAUUAUAAAAGUGCAGUACUAAUAAUUGUUACUUUAUCAUAAUAGUACUUUUUCCUCUCCCAUCAAGUGCUAUAAAACAUAAAUGUGUAUAUUUCAAUUGGUAAAAAUUUUCAUUUUAAAAAAAUUCAGGAUACACUGGCAUGUCUAAACCAGGAUUCCUUUAGCUGGAUAUGACACAAUUAUAUGUUAUGUCUACGUAUUUAUUUCAUUUUACAUAAAUGCAUCAUUAUUACAUAUAUUCUAAAUAACAUCCAUUUUUGUAAAAUAAUUCUCUUUAGAAUUAAAUUCCUAAAUUGUUAAUUGAACAAUAAACAAUUGAACAAUAUUGCACAAAAAUAGCAGACUCUGUAUACAUAUUUACAAAAGUUUAACCAAGAUGUGGAAUGUUGAACUCACUCAUUCCCAGAGGUUUUUUUGUUUUGUUGUUUCUUUAACUGAUUAAACCUGAAGUUUGAUUUGUGAAGGUU